CUCUCUGAACCCCUCUCUGGCUCUCCUCCCACAGUCACUGUUCCUCCACUCCUCCAGGGGUCCGGUCCUUCUCUGUAGUUCCCUCCGGGUCCCUGAUACACUGCGCUUACUUCGCCCUGCACCCCAGGUCCCCUACUAAUUCUGUCUCCCUGAAGUCGGGCCGCGGGGUCUGCUGGGAUAAGGAGCCUCGCGUCCGCCACUGGAACUAGCGGCCCUUCACACAGCUCGCUCUGAGGGGAGCCGGAAAGAGAGGACGGGCUGGUGGCGCACGGUGGUUUGGGAAAUGUAGUAGGCAAGCCAGCGCAGGCGCAGUGCGGUCGGGGUGCCCAGCGGCGGCCGUUCUCUUUCGGGAGGUAACCGCGUGGAGAGUUUGAGUUCGGACUGGACAGGGGUUUUAGAAGACUCAGCGCGGCUCUGGGUGUGGUGGCACGGGUGAAGUCUGCCUGUUCCCAGGUCACCAUAGGUGCUGGAAGGAUGUCCACCCAGCUUCCAACCAAGGGGUCCCUGGGGUCGGUGGCAUUCAGGGAUGUGAUUGUGGACUUCACCCAGGAGGAGUGGCAGCAGUUGAAGCCUGAGCAGAAGGACCUGUACAGGGAUGUGAUGAUGGAGAUCUACUGGAACUUGAUCUCACUGGACUUGGAGACUGAACGGAACAUGAAUGAAGUAGACCCAGAGGAGGAGUCUUGGGAAAACAGACCAUCCAUUGCAAUGGUGGUAGAAGGACUCAUGAAGAAUGGUGCCCAGGGUUACUCCUGUGAAAAAGUGGGAAUACAGGGUGACAGGGUGGGGCAGCAACACAGAAACACAGGGGCCUGUGUAGGGCCUUUGGACAUGUCCCAAGUGUUAGCUCCUAAGUGUUGUGAAUUUAAGACAUACAUCCACCAGAGCCAUAUGCCAGCCCCACCAAGAUUGGAAGGACCGAGAGGGCCAGGGAUGCACUGUUUUAGCAUGUGUGGGAAGAACUCAGGUACUUCAAGCCCUAGUCCUCCCUCCCAACUUUGUGCAGAGAAGAAGACAUACAAGUGUAGACACUGUAGCAAUACUUUCAGUUCAAAGUCAUCCCUGUGGAAGCACCAACAAAACCAUUCCUUAGAGAAGCCGUACGUGUGCGGGGACUGCAGCGAAUCCUUCAGCCAUAAAUCAAUCCUCAAUGUACAUCGAAGGACACACACCAGGGAAAAGCCUUACUCGUGUGGGGAUUGUGGCAAGGCCUUCAGAGAUAAUUGGAGCCUUAUCCAGCAUGAGAGGAUGCACACUGGGGAAAAGCCAUACACAUGUGGGUACUGUGACAAGGCCUUUAGUAAGAAGAGGUAUGUCGUCCUGCACGAGAAAACGCAUAGCGGGGAGAAGCCGUACAUGUGCAGGGACUGUGGCAAAGCCUUCGUCCACAAGUGGAGUCUCAUUGUGCAUCAGAGGACACACACAGGGGAGAAGCCUUAUGUGUGCGGGGACUGUGGCAAGGCCUUCAGAGAGAAAAGGCGCCUCAUUGACCAUCACAUGACACACACUGGAGAAAAGCCAUACAUUUGCGGGAAGUGUGGGAAGGCCUUCGUCAACAAAUGGUUCCUCGUCCUCCAUGAGAAGAGACACACUGGGCAGAAGCUGCACUCGUGUGGGGACUGUGGGAAAACCUUUACCCAGAAAUGGAGUCUCAAUGUGCAUCAGAGGACCCACACAGGGGAGAAGCCUUAUGUGUGUGAGGAGUGCGGCAAAGCCUUUAGAGAGAAUAGGCGUCUCAUGCAGCAUAAGAGGAUGCACACAGGGGAGAAGUUGCACACAUGUGGGGACUGUGGCAAAGCCUUCAGCCAGAACUGGAUACUCAUUGUGCAUCAGAGGUUGCACACUGGAGAGAAGCCGUAUGUCUGCAGUGAGUGUGGAAAGGCUUUCAGCAGGAAAGGUCUGCUCAUCCUGCAUCACAGGUCACACACUGGAGAGAAGCCAUAUGUGUGUGGUGACUGUGGCAAGGCCUUCAGUCAGAAAUCCACUCUCCUUGUGCAUCAAAGGACACACACAGGGGAGAAGCCAUACCUGUGUGGGUACUGCGGCAAGUCAUUUAGAGUGAAGAAGAGCCUCACUGAGCAUGAGAGGACCCACACAGGGGAGAAACCUUAUGUGUGUGGGGACUGUGGCAAGGGCUUCAGAAGGAAUAGGCGUCUCAUUGAGCAUAAGAGGGUGCACACUGGGGAGAAGCCAUAUGUGUGUGGUGACUGUGGCAAGGCCUUCAGUCAGAAAUCCAGCCUCCUUAUGCAUCAAAGGACGCACACAGGGGAGAUGCCAUACCUAUGUGGGGAGUGCGGCAAAUCAUUUAGAGUGAAGAAGAGCCUCCUUGAGCAUCAGAGGACACACACCGGGGAGAAACCUUACGUGUGCGGAGACUGUGGCAAGUCCUUCAGGCAGAAGAGUAAUAUCACCCUACACCAGAGAACGCACACCGGGGAGCUGCCAUACGUGUGUGGGGACUGCGGAAAAGCCUUCAGCCGGAAAUCAACCCUCGAUGUGCAUCAGAGGACGCACACUGGGGAGAAGCCUUACUUGUGUGGGGAUUGCGGCAAGGCCUACAGAGACAAUAGGCACCUCGUCCAGCAUCAGAGGAUACAUACUGGGGAGAAGCUGCACUCCUGCAGGGACUGUGGCAAAGCUUUCAUCUACAAACGGAGUCUCAUUGUCCAUGAGAGAAUGCACACAGGGGAGAAACCUUAUGUGUGUGUGGAGUGCGGCCAGGCCUUCAGACAGAAUCGGCGCCUUGUGGAACAUCAGAGGAUGCACACCGGGGAGAAUCUGCACUUGUGCAUGGACUGCGGCAAAGCAUUCAGCCAGAGGUCUGACUUCCUUGUGCAUCGGAGGACACACACUGGAGAGAAGCCGUAUGUUUGCGGUUACUGUGGCAAGGCCUUCAGGCAUAAGGGUAACAUCUUCCUACACCAGAGAACGCACACUGGGGAGAAGCCAUAUGGGUGCAGUUACUGUGGCAAGGCCUUCAGCCAGAAAUGCAGCCUGCUUGUGCAUGAGAGGAUGCACACGGGGGAGAAGCCAUUCAUAUGUGAGGAGUGUGGCAAGGCCUUUAGCCAGAAAUCCAGUCUCCGUGUGCAUUCAAGGACACACACUGGGGAGAAGCCAUACGUGUGUGAGUACUGUGGGAAGGCCUUCAGAGAAAAUAGGCGCCGCAUGAAGCAUCAGAACACACACACUGGGGAGAAGCCGUAGUCUGUGAAGACUGGGAAGGCCUUCAGAAAGUAUGGACACCUCAUUGAUCACCCCAGGAGACACAGCCAAGAGAAGCCAUACAUGUGGGGGAAGUGUAUGGCUUCCACGUCUAAUGGAGUUUCAGUGUGCAUCAGAUGAUGCACACGGGGGCAAAGCCUUAAGUGUGCAGUAGUGGCAAGGCCUUCAGCUAGAAAUCCAGCCUGGUUGUACAUCAAAGGACACACAGAGAGGAGAAGCCAUAGGCGUGUGUGGACUCAGCCUAGCUUGUCCUUCAGAGUGAACAAGAGCCUCAUUGAGCUUCAGAGGACACACAUUGGACAGAUGCCAUGUGUGGGCAAGGACUCCAGCCAGGCCUUCAGAGAGAAUAGGUGCCUCAUCAAGCAUCACUAGAUGCACACUAGGUAGGAGCUGAACAUAUGCAGGGAUUGUGGGAAGGCCUUCAGCAGAAUAGGAACCUCACUGAGCAUCAAAGAAUGCAGAUUUCAUCCCUGGCUGGUGUGGCUUUAUGGAUUGAGUGCUGGACUGUGAAUCAAAGGGUCUCUGGUUCAAUUCCCAGGCAGGGCACAUGUCUGGGUGUAGGCCAAGUCCCCAAUAGGGAGCACUUGAGAAGCAACCACAUACUGAUGUUUCUCUCCCUCUCUCUUUAAAAAAUAAAAAUUUUAAAAACCUAAAAAAGGGGGAGGUGGGAGCCAAUGCACCCGAAGGAGAAUGCAUACAUUUUAGGCUAGUACAGACUUGAGCAAGAACUUCUCAUUCAGGAAGCACAGACCAGUACCCACUGGGGAGCCCCCUGCCAGUGCUCCAUCUGCCAGAAGGACUUCAUGACAUGCUUAUCCUUACAGAAUCAUCUGACUAGCCCCACCUUGGAGAAUUGUGGCAAAACCUUUAUCAGGAACAUUUUGCUCCCCACCCACCAAGUGGUUUCUGUGGGAGACAAGACCUACCAGAGUGGCAAGUGCAGGAAAACCUUCAGCAGGAAUUUCUACCUCACGUGACACAUAGCAGGGAAUUGGGGGAUUUUAGAAUCCAUACCUGACUGGUAGGUGCUGAGACCAUGGGUGCUAGACUUAAUAUUGGAGCCCACAGGUGGGAUGCAAGAGAAGUCCUGAUCAGACCUGUCUUAGAAAUAUGGCUGUUGCGGGCACAUUAAGUCAUUAUCAUAUUCUUCGCCAGCAUCCGCAGGGCCAGGUGCAAAGUAAGCACCAUUCAGGUCUAGUCUCUGGAAAUGUAGCCAGGGGGCUGUGGCUCCAGACCGAGAUCCAAUAAACUGUUGUAGAAGCUUGGAUAAAACAUUUAAUGUCUCUGGUCUCCGUCUCCUGGAUAGUAAAGUGGAGGAGAGAAAGAAGGGAAGAUGUGGAGAUGGGCUCCAUGGGGGCAUCGUCACUUUGUGAUACAUGACAUGCCUGGAUCUUGUCUAGAGGUCAGGUGGUCACAUCCGUGGGUAUCCUUGUUUGCUCCAUUCCCAGCCCCCAGGUUUUCUGCAACACUAGAAGGUGCCAUAUGUUUUAUGAGGGGAAGGAAAAAAAAUUUCAGCAUGGGAACUAAAUAAUCGCAUCAGGAGACAUAGUUUCUCAUAGUGGUGUGUUAAUAGUUUUAAAAUAAAACUUAAGGGAAACCAAUGGCAUUUUAAACAGUCAUGCAAAAGGUACACAUACAGGUUGUUGGGUGCUGUUCUGCUUGGUUUCAGGAACUGUUGCCUCAGUAACAGACAAAAAGGUCCCAGGGCUAGGGCUGAGUGAAAAGGAGUUGUGGACAUGAGCCAGUAAAGAGAAUAUUUCCUCCUGGCAGGAGCACGGCCCCUAUCUCCCUCCCUUCUCCCUGUGGCCUCUGCCCAUAGCCAAUUAGCAAAUGACCUGUAAGACCCCUCAGAAGGGGAGGGGCAACCGAAGACAGGCACAGUGGCAAGAGGUCAUCAGUGAAGGACUUAGGGGUCUACAGACAAGGGGCAGAAAGAUCCUCACUUCUUGGCUUUGUCAUAGCCUGAGUCCUCAGUCUUUCUGUAAAUGUCUCCUAGUAUCUUGGCUGCUUUGCUCUCCCUGACUGACUUAGACCACCCUGGGAGGAGGGGUGGUGUGCAGGGAAUCUGGCCUGAGAAAGAAGAUACAUUGUUUCUAUUUAGGCUUGCUUUGCCCUGUUGGCUAUAAAACAUGAGCUAAAACCAACCCUCACCAGAGACUAUUCCUGUAUUCAAGGAUUAUAUCUAAGUGAUGUCAGUUUCUUAUGACUAGCUUUUUUAACAUUGGUGGAUGAACUUUAUGUGCAUACUAUGUAUCUCCGUGUGAGCUGAACUCAAUAAAAAUGCAGAUAAGGAAA